AUAGAAAUGGCUUUCUUUGCUAAGAAAUCAAAACUUUUCGUGCUAACGAUCAUUCUUCUUAUUUCUUCUUCCCAUGCCAACGAUCAGAUCCCCCAAGUCAGGAAAGAGGAUCGUAAAUUGCUUGGCUUUGCUAAAGUAGUAGGUUCUCUUGUAAAGGGAGUGAGUAAAGGUGUGGAUGAUACUACCAAGCCUGCGGUUAAAAAAGUGCCAACUACAAAGCCUGUAGAUAUUACUGCAAAGAACAUAGGGGAAAGCGGAGUAGGGAAGGGAUUUGGAACAGGCUUUCGCGUAGGGUGGAAAAGAGGAAAAUGGUAUUAUCGAAUGGAGGAAAGGUGUGAAAAAUAUCAAAGCUUGUUGAAUUGUAUCCCUGCUUCUCCAGCUUGCCAUGGAACUUCAUGGAGUUGCUUCGUCCAAGUUGCUGGAAACACAAGAAUGGUUGAUUACUGCCAGGAGGAAUGUGAGCCUACCUUGCCAACACUCACCCCUUGCACUUAUCAUAAUGGUGUUUUUUAUUUGGGAAGUAACAAGCUCUCGAUAGAUGUUGCUCACACUAAAUGUCAGCUUGACGCCGCAAAUAGUGUCACCGCGAAAGGGUUCGUCCACUUUACCUCCCCAUCGUCUCUCAGAACAGGUGACAAGCUUCACUCCACAACUUCUUACACGAUUUUCCAGCAAUUAUUCGGCCAAAAAACCCCGAUCCUCUCGAUUUCUUUGGCGACCAUUACCAUAAAGUUUCUCAUUUCUCCUUUCUCUUCACUCCUCCUCUCCCCCACAUUUGGCCCAGACUGUAAUACGUUUUCCGACGAUAAAACUCCGAUUUUCCGGCAUCUGCAGCAAAGCAGCAUCUCCGAUGACACCACCUCUUUUCCGGUGAUACCACAUCUACUCCGGCGAUCUCGACCACAACACCACCACCUUAUCGAUUUCCAGAUUGCAUUGGUUCAUCUCAUGGUUGCUGUGAUGGGCCAUGGAGGUGAUUGUGAUGAUGAGCCACCACAUCCGUUCGGUGGAGAUUCUGGUGUUCACCAGAUUGAUGGUAAUUAA